AUGAAAGAUAUUCAAGAUAUUUUGAAAGCUCAACAACGAUUACAAGAAGCUUUGAAGAAAAAAUUGGAAAUAGAUAAAAAUAUCAAUAGAUCUGUUUUUUUGGAACCAUAUGCUACUCCACGUACAGAGCAGAAAGGACAGGUUGCCGUCAAAAGGACAACUGGUGAGCAACACAAGGCUGAAUAUCAAUUUCAAAAAUUGUCAUUCUUUGGUUUACAAACAUUAACAUCAAUAUUAUUAAUUCUGAUAAGAUCCGCUGAAAAGAAUGAUCCUAGAAUUGUUGAUCAAAUUUUGGGACUAGCAAGUGAAUUAUGUGAACAAAUUCCGAUGAAAUGUUUAUCGUCGUCUGCAUUAUCUCGAGAUACAAAUAAUCUAUUAUGGAAAUCGUUGAAACCAUUGGCAAAUUACAUGCAUGAAUUGUUUUUAUCAGAAGAUCAAAUUGUGAUAAAACAUGCUGUUAAAAUUCUAUUAAGUAUUUCAAUUGCAAAAGCAUCAUUGAAAGAUAUUUUGCCGAUAUUGAGCAAGUUAAUAUUCAACAAAGACGAUAUUUAUGAUGUGCGAGGUCUGUUGCUACAAAUGAAUGAUGGUUUAAUAGAAACUAUCAAUGAAAGGGAAAAUAGAAUGCAUCAGGCAGUCAAUAGAAAAGCAAGCACCUGGAGUGCAGAUUCAGACUCAAGCGAAGAUGAAGAUGAAAAUGAAGAUGAAGACGAAAAUGACGAUGAAGAUGAAACUGUAGACGAUGAUGAGGAUCCAUAUUACGGACGAGAACACGGUGAUAAUACAACAUUGAACGAAACAGCAGUCAAUGUUGAUUCAUCAGCAACGUCUACCAAUGACAGUACUAUAGAAUCUGAUGAUCGUCUUGAAAGAGCACUUAACAAUCGAGGUCAAUAUGCUCGUUUGGGUAGUACAGGAAAAUUCUAUUGUGGUGGUGCACUCGAUGGACUGCAGUGUAGCUGUUGUAAUGGUAAAUGUGGACCAACAAGUGGUUGCAAUUGCUCAUCGUGCAUGUUGCUUGAUGUUCAGAAACGAGCUUUGUCUCGAGGAUGGCUUGUCAAUCGUGACGGUGCAUCAGCACGUUGUAGCAGACAGGAAACGAGAACAUUCUAUUGUGGUCGUAAGGUUAUGCCAAAUGAUGGUACAAGUGAUGGAUAUUGUGGACCUACCAAUGGACCACAAUGCACCGCAUGUCAGAAAUUGAACCAACAGCGAAGUGGUCGAUAUAACCAAAUUUGGACUGCAACAUCCACCAAUGACAGUACUAUAGAAUUUGAUGAUCGUCUUGAAAAAACACUUAACAAUCGAGGUCGAUAUGCUCGUUUGGGUAGCACAGGAAAAUUCUAUUGUGGUGGUACACUCGAUGGACCACAGUGUAGCUGUUGUAAUGGUAAAUGUGGACAAACAAGUGGUUGCAAUUGCUCAUCGUGCAUGCUGCUUGAUGUUCAAAAACAAGUAUUGCCUCGAGGAUGGCUUGUAAACAACGAAGGAGCACCAGCACGAUGUAGUCCAAGUAUACCGACAACAUUCUAUUGUGGUCGCAAGGUUAUGCCAGAUGAUGGUACAAGUGAUAGAUAUUGUGGACCUACCAAUGGACCACAAUGUACAGCAUGUCAGACAUUGAAUCAGCAACGAUGUGGCCGAUACAAGCAUAUUUGGAUUGGUCAGUAA